AUGGAAUUGCAAUGUCAAGGUCCCAGGGGGGCAGCGAUUAAGAUUCCGUCUGGAGCGCGCGGCCAGGUAGUGAAUCGGCUGCGCUCAGCUCUAGCAGAGCACUUUGCAAAUAGGUUACUUAGUAAGCCUGAUCAGGGUAAGGUUUUCGAGGUGUCGUCACGGAGUCGGGUGAGCAAUCACUUUAUCCGUGGCGGCAGUUUCACUCCCUUCGCCGAUUGGCGCUUUAUACAUAAGGCCCGUUUUGACGUACUCCCUCUCAACGGCGCACGACGUUGGGAGGCAAAUGAUAAGCGCUGUCGGCGAUGCGGUGAAGCAUCGAAAACUUUACCCCAUGUGCUCUGUCACUGCGGUAUCCACUCUGGCGCAAUACAGCUGAGGCACAACACUGUCCUGCAUCGCCUCUGGAAAGCCACUCGCCUUCCAGGGAUAGUGCGGGUUAACCAGCGGGUGGAGGGCGUCAGCGGCGAUUUGGCGGCGCUACGACCUGACCUCGUGGUCAGGCACGAGCCCUCCAAAAGUGUUGUCAUAUGCGACGUCACAGUGCCCUUUGAAAAUAGAUUAGUAGCGUUUGAAGAGGCCAGGGCGAGGAAAUUAGAAAAAUACAACGCCCUGACCGAAGAAUUACAACACCAAGGGUAUCGUGUCGUCGUGACAGCCUUCGUCGUCGGCGCCCUCGGCUCGUGGGAUCAGGGAAAUGAGGCGGUGUUGAGACUGCUGAGGCUUCUGAUCGACAGAUCGAUCGUGUGA